UCAGGGUGGGGUGUUGCGCAUGCACGGUGGCUUUGGCCGUGUAAAUCUCCAUCAGUGUCUGUCUGGAGCGUCCUGCCGCUGCGCCGGAACAAGAGAGAAGAGCCCGUCAUCUGAAACACAGGGGAAAUUUUACCAUUCACCUUCAAGAAUCUCCGCAGGAUUGUCUGGAAACCUUCCUCCAUCGCGUCCGGGUUGUUUUGUGCCGACGGCGGCGGGUGUCAUUGAGCUGCGGGGCGUCGCUUCUCCAAACGCGCAUCGGGAACCAUUACAGCCAUCAGCGCAGAGAUGUCCGGAUACCAGGGCAAGAAGAACAUCCCUCGCAUCACUAGUGACCGACUUCUAAUCAAAGGGGCGAAGAUAGUGAACGAUGAUCAGUCUUUCCAUGCUGACAUCUAUAUGGAGGAUGGAGUCAUCAAGCAAAUCGGUGAAAACCUCAUAGUUCCUGGUGGUGUGAAGACCAUCGACGCUCACGGCAGGAUGCUGAUACCCGGUGGCAUCGACGUUCACACCCGCUUCCAGAUGCCUGACCGGGGAAUGACAGCAGCUGAUGAUUUCUACCAGGGCACACGAGCUGCUCUCGCUGGCGGCACCACCAUGAUCAUCGAUCAUGUGGUCCCAGAACCGGGCGUUAGUCUGAUCGCUGCCUUUAACCAAUGGAGGGAGUGGGCCGACCACAAGUCGUGCUGCGAUUACUCUCUGCAUGUGGACAUCACGGAGUGGCACAAGGGCAUGCAGGAGGAGCUCGAGGCGCUGGUCAAAGAUCACGGCGUCAACUCUUUCCUGGUCUACUUGGCCUACAAGGACAUUUUCCAGCUAAAUGACUCCCAGAUGUAUGAGGUGUUCAGUGCGAUCAGGGACUUGGGAGCCAUCGCUCAGGUGCACGCAGAGAACGGAGACAUCAUUGCUGAGGAGCAGAAGAGGAUUCUGGGAUUGGGCAUCACUGGUCCAGAAGGACACGUUCUGAGCCGCCCAGAAGAGGUGGAGGCCGAGGCUGUGAACCGGGCUGUGACCGUCGCCAAUCAGACCAACUGCCCGCUCUACAUCACCAAAGUGAUGAGCAAGAGCGCCGCUGAUGUCAUCGCACAGGCCAGGAAAAAAGGUACCGUGGUGUACGGGGAACCCAUCUCAGCCAGCCUGGGGACAGACGGCACUCACUACUGGAGCAAGAACUGGGCCAAAGCUGCGGCCUACAUCACAUCUCCACCCCUCAGCCCCGACCCCACCACCCCGGACUAUCUCAACUCCCUGCUGGCCUGUGGAGAUCUCCAGGUGACUGGCAGCGCUCACUGCACCUUCAACACUUCCCAGAGGGCCGUCGGCAAGGAUAAUUUCACCCUCAUCCCGGAGGGAACUAACGGUACAGAGGAGAGAAUGUCCAUCGUCUGGGACAAGUGUGUGGUGACGGGUAAGAUGGAUGAAAACCAGUUUGUGGCCAUGACGAGCACCAACGCCGCCAAGAUCUUCAACCUGUACCCAAGGAAGGGCCGUAUCGCCGUGGGCUCCGAUGCCGACCUGGUGCUCUGGGACCCCGACGCCACCAAAAUCAUCUCUGCCAAGAGCCACCACCUGGCGGUGGAGUACAACAUCUUUGAGGGGAUUGAAGUGCGUGGAGCUCCUCUGGUGGUGAUCAGCCAGGGCAAGAUCGUCCUGGAGGAUGGGAACCUCCACACCACUGAGGGUUCUGGACGCUACAUCACCCGUAAACCCUUUCCUGACUACGUCUACAAGAGGAUAAAGGCUCGCAGCAGGCUUGCUGAGCUGCGUGGAGUCCCACGAGGUCUAUAUGACGGCCCGGUAUGUGAGGUCACUGUGACACCUAAGGUCAUGACCCCUGUUACCUCUGGUAAGACUUCUCCAGUCAAACAGGCUCCUCAACCAGUUCGCAACCUGCAUCAGUCUGGAUUCAGCCUGUCUGGAGCUCAAAUUGACGACAACGUCCCUCGUCGUACCACUCAGCGCAUUGUGGCACCCCCAGGUGGCAGGGCCAACAUUACCAGCCUGGGAUAAAACUAUUUACACACUACAGAGAGAAAAGGAUGGGGUGGGAUGGGGGUUAAAAAAACUUGGGCUUUUCCUCUGGGAUCGGUCCAGCCGUCUGGACUGCAUCCCAACAAGCACACCUCUACUUCCUCCCACACUUCCGUCCAUUCGUCCACCCCUAACACCCAUCCUUUUAACUCUAGUGACCUGUUUUUUGAGUGCGCCUUUCUUAGAUGAAUAAGUUUCAGGAUUACUUGGCAUAGAACUGGGAUAGGUACUGGAAAGUUUGAUUAAACGGCAUACUAGCGUUCUACUAAUUCUUCAGUAUGUGCAUAGCGUGUGUUUUCUCUAUGCAUGGAACGACCUACUGUACUGUGCAGUACGCAUUGCACUGCGUGCUGUAUCCCAUAAUGCAAUGCAACCUUCCAUUUUUCAUGAGACGAAUGAACUGGAAAUAAUAUCAUCUGUUUUCUUUUUGUUAUUUGGUCUGUCUAAAUUAGAUUUUUUUACAUGCAAUGAGAUUAAAAUGGUAAAUUAUUUAUUUCCGCCUUGAUAAAUGUGACGUAAACAUGCAACGCAUGCUUUGAAAAACAAAAUGUUGCUUUUGGCCAAGUGUUCCUGAAAUUUAUCCGGCUAAGCUAGUAAUCGACAUUCAAAGGACAGGAACUACCCAGCUAACAAAAAUAUGUUCUUAGAACGUUUUGCUAACAUUUCCAUUGCGUUAAACAUUCAAAGCAUCCAGUUUUAUCUUGGUUAUGUGAACGUUAGAGAAAACAUAAAGGGAACAUUCCAUUUUAUCGUUUUGCAAAUGUUACUUUUGAAUGUUCUAAACAUUCUAAAAGUAGUAGUAGUAACAGUUAAAAAUGUUAGAAAAACGUUCCAUGGAUGAUGUAUAAAUAAUGUUUAACUUUUGAGAGAAUCUUGCCAGAACGUUCUAAUAACAUUUUGUUAGCUGGGUAGUACAAUCCGUCAUUUGCCGCCAUGUUUUAAUGUUUUUAUUUGUUUGCAUUCUGGAAAAGAACAGCACAAAACGUCCGCCUGUAUCGUUAAGUAUUAAAACGUGCUGUCGCCAUUUUGAUUUGUUAUUUUCCUUGUAGGAAGAGUCGGUGAGUUAUUUAUUGUUUAGGAUUCAAACCACAUUUGUAUUUUACAUUUUGCAAAAGUGUCAACUCUUCCACAGACGCCUGAUUUAUUACAAGUUUUUAGAAUGUUGUUUUAUAAUGAACUUAAUAGUUUGAUUCUUUUUUAUUUCCAUGUAUGUAAUGAUUUCGGUUUCAGGUCAGUGUUUCACCGCUCCCUGAAAUCUCUUCACGUUUGUCUUCCUCACGUUUUUGCACUUGGUUAUUUUCUCAGUAUUAUUUAACUGCAGUUUUGAAGAUGUUUAGAGCAAACAAAAAAGACUAACAGUGGUGUUUUUGGCCGUGGUGCGCAGUCCUGUGGGGUUUUGGUGUGAUUUGAAUUCACUCAUUUUUCGCUGUAAAUGUCAAACUGUCCAUUCCUACUUUGUCCAACAGUUGCACGAAGGGGGUACAUUUAGGAAAAUAAAGGAAAGCUCUCUGAAUGAAUAGCAGAUCGAGAGGGAGCUGCUCUUUUCACCCUUUCAUUUCGGUUUAGGAGGAUGUCGGUUACUAUAGCAACUGUCCCGAUCACUCGGUGCGGAUGCUGAUUAGUUACGACAGCCGUGCCGUGCUGGAGCGUUGCCCCGAUAACCUCUUCACACCGGGGGAUUUAUUUGUGCGGUGGAUCUCGGCAUGAGUUCAACCGUUUCCCUGUGACGUCACAGUCGCUCCACGGGGCAGCUACACACCCCCUCCCGUUUCCGUCCCGCAACAGAACCGACCUUUACCGUGAGGACAUUUUGAAGGUUGCAGUGACUCUGUCUGUCAAACGGAUCGUCCGGCAUGUGUAAGGUUGAUCAGUGUUAUUCUAAAUGAAACGUUAGGUCACAAUGCUUUUCUUACGUUGCAGUUCUGCUUUGU